AUGUUCUACGUGAUGGCUAAGCUUCAUUGGGACUAUAAAAGUUUACAGCGUGUAGUUUGGAAUUACUCGGAAAAAGGGCAUGGCAAAGGAGCUCCUGAUAGUGUGGGAGAAGUAUUAAAAAUAGCAGCUGAUCGGAUUGUUGCUGUAGGGAAUGAUUUUCCAAAUAUUGAUCUCCUUAUUAGUCACCUUCAAAUUCAAAUAUCCGAGGGUAUGAUAAUGGAAGUUCACGAAUCUGGCAUUUUGGAGACGGAACUAUUAAUUCCCUGUGAUUUAAAAGAAUUUCGAGGCACCAUGAGAGUUCAUCAAACGAUAUGGACCUGUAAUAAUCCUAAGGUCCUAGCCAUGAGACACCUUAGCUGUAAUUUAGAAAAAUGUUCUGAAGAAUCAAAUUAUUGUCCCCAUGGACAACAUAUCGGUUUCUAUAAUAUCCGAAGUAUAACUUUGGAGAACACUAGUACCCCUAAAACUAUGAUAUCAAAAAAGACCGCAAUAAACGAAAAUCAGAUUGAUAUUACUGCUAACUCAAGCCCGAACUAUCGGCUGGCCGGAACUUCAAUCCAGAGUAACCAAUUUGAGAUUAAUAAUGCCGAUAGAGAGGAGUGGACGGAGGAACGCGAGCAACGAUGCGGUUGGGGAGGUUUAAGACCAGCGUGGCUUCAACGUUUUCGAACAGCCAAAUGGGCACUAUUCUGGUUGUGCUGGGCCGGUGCUAUACAGGGAAUGGUGGUGAAUGGCUUCGUGAAUGUGGUGAUUACGACAAUAGAGAGAAGGUUCGGUCUUCGGUCGAUGCAGACGGGAGUCAUUGCUGGGGGAUACGAUAUGGCGUCUUUCGUGUGUCUCGCACCAGUCACAUAUCUGGGGGGUAGAAACAGUGCAUCCAAACCUCGUUGGCUGGGUUGGGGGGUGCUGCUGAUGGGAGCAGGGUCUCUACUCUUCGCACUUCCCCAUUUUCUCGUGCCCCCUCACAAAGCUGCUGGAGAUAAGCUGGAGGGUCUCUGUGUGGUUAACCAGACUGUGUCUAGCUGGAAGGACGAGCCGGAAGAGAGUGGUGCGUGGGCGGUCGCCAUAUUCGUGGUUGCACAGCUACUACACGGCGCGGGUGCAACACCCUUAUUUACUCUAGGCGUCACGUAUAUAGAUGAAAACGUUUCGAAGAAGAUGUCUUCAGUUUAUUUAGGCGUUUAUUAUAUGAUGGCGGUCGUGGGACCAGCGCUGGGCUACGUGAUGGGUGGACAGAUGCUUAAAAUAUACACAGACUUUGUGACCAUCGAUCCUGAAACGUUAGGUAUAACUCCGCAAAGUUCGGCGUGGAUCGGCGCUUGGUGGAUAGGUUUUAUAAUAUCUGCAAUACUGUGCCUUAUCGUCGCGAUACCGAUUCUCGCCUUCCCAUAUGAAUUACCAGGGGCGGCAGAAAUCCGAGAAUCAAAGGUAUCUGAGGCUCACGACGGGUCAGCGGCGAAGACAACCGCUUUCAGCGCUUUACACGAAUUACCAAAGGCUGCUGCAGCGUUAUUCAAAAAUCCCACGUUCAUGUUCUUGAAUUUGGGCGGAGCCAGCGAAGGUCUGUUCAUAUCUGGCUUCGCGGCGUUUCUGCCGAAGCUAAUUGAGAACCAGUUCUCGGUGAACGCUUCAGAAGCCGCAUUGUUAUUGGGUAUCGUAACAGUACCGGCGGGUGGCGGCGGAACAUUCCUAGGGGGCUGGCUGGUCAAGCGCUGGAAGCUCGCGUGUGCGGGCAUCAUCAAACUUUGCGUAGGCGCCACUUUACUCGCGGGGGUGUUCUGCUUCGCGUUUGUACUGAACUGUGACGACCAUCCGUUUGCUGGCGUCACUAUACCAUACGACAGUCCUAAUGUGCCGGGGGCAAGCCAGCUGACGGCGCAGUGCAACGCGGCGUGCGGCUGCCCGGCGGCGCGGCUGGCGGCGGUGUGCGGCGCGGACGGGCGCGCCUACGCGUCGCCGUGCCACGCCGGCUGCGCGCGCGGCCGCCGCGUCGGCGCCUCCACGCUCUACUCCGACUGCGCCUGCGUCAGCGCUACCGACCACUUCCUUACUGAAAACAACACAACGAUGGUAUUUGAAGCGAUCAACAGCGCUUGCAAAUCCGAGUGCCCUUAUUUAUGGGUGUUCGUCUUUCUCUCUUUCUGCGUGAUGCUGUUCACCUUCCUAGCGACUAUGCCUGCACUUGCUGCUACGUUAAGAUGUGUGCAAGAGGAACAGCGUUCAUUCGCGCUCGGCAUCCAGUGGAUCCUGGUCCGGCUGCUGGGGACCAUCCCCGCGCCGCUGCUCUUCGGAUUUCUCAUAGACUUGUCCUGCAGGCUCUGGACCAGUGGCGCUUGCUUGCUUUAUGACAACUUGAAUAUGAGCAGGUACAUGUUAGGAUUAGCCUUAGUAGGUAAAUUAUGUUCCUUUUUAUUCUUCUUCCUCGCAUGGUGGUUCUACCGACCGCCGGGGAACACCAACGCUGUGAGUCCCGCCAUAGAUUUAACUCACGAGAAAACUAACGGAAUAUCCACCAUCGCUAACGGAACUUUAGAUAGAAGUAACGGAUAUUGUAACGCUGCUUUAGAGAGCAGUGAUCACUUG